AGAGAGAUAAAAGCCCGAGGAAGCUCGUGUCUCUCGAACAAUGUUCUAAUUUGAUGUGUCACGGAGCACGCGCGCCCGAGAGAAAACUCGAACACAAAGUACUUCACAUCGCAUAAGCAGCGUAUCCUGCCAGAUGAAGACGGGAAAUGCCAAACACGAGUUCAACAGUCUUGUUUCUGAGGGGAAACAGACCAUGGUGUGCAGACGGAGAGAGAGAGGUUUAUUGGUGCCUUGUUUAAGUAUUUCUCGUGCAGAGAAAAAUAAGGAGGUCCCGAAGUUCGAGAUGAGGAUCAGAUUAGCGAAUACGACUUAUUUAGUUAAUUAAAUCUCGAUUAAAGUGUACAGUUGCAGACCGGGGAGGGACGCGGGGUACGCGCGUGCUAGUUAGCGUCAACAAACGAGUGCUAUGUGAUCGUACAAGUCAUCCAGUUUUACCUCACCUGUUAGACAAAAUAGUCUACGUUCUGAAUGUCAUGUGACUUUUCGUGUUCGUAGGAUAAAGAAGUAAUCUUUAUUGGACUUUGCUUCACCGUCCGCUAAAGCUGAUCGUUUUUUGAAAAUCGAAUGUUUUCAUGUAUUGCUACAUUGUUGAGUUAACACCUUUAGAUAUCUUGCUUAUUUUACUCUAAUUUCUAGCGUUUUCUGUCACUCCCGGAAUAAACGGAAAAUACAGACUAGGGUUACAUUCCAUAUAUAUUUGGUUUUUAAGUUUUUAUAACAAUGACUUCUUCAGCGGAGAAGAUACUGGUGAAUUGUUGUUUUAAUUGGUUGUUGUAAUGUUCCAGUUGGCAUCUUUCUCUAAAUGCCUGUUUACUCGUACUAAAAUGUCCGAAUCGCCUAGUCACGAUGUAGUAGUAGUACAAUUACCAGCAACAUUUUUUAGGUCAAGAAAUGCUCUCGUCAGCGGAGCUGUUGCCUAAAAUAUCCAUUAAUGACUGUGGUAUCGCCGAGAACGUGAUAAUUACCGACCCAGGGACAUCGUGUGAGCAAGAUCUAGCUGACACCGUGAUGGCUACGGUAACAUCUAGUCCGGAAUCAGCGCCUCUAGCGUCGAAGGAUUUAACGUUCAGUAAACGAUUGUAUUCAAAAUCGAAGGACACUACGACAACUACUGCAACAACACAUGCUCAACAACAUGUUACCGACACUACGACAACUACUGCAACAACACAUGCUCAACAACAUGUUACCGACACUACGACAACUACUGCAACAACACAUGCUCAACAACAUGUUACCGACACUACGACAACUACUGCAACAACACAUGCUCAACAACAUGUUACCUUGUUGAAAAUGACGAACACAAGACCCACUGAUCGUACGGUGGCCAUGGUAACAACUAGUCCAGAGUCUCCAACAUCUACAGCUCAUAGAGACAGAGGAUUAAAGAAAACGUUGGAGAAUAUAACUACUGUAGCUUCUUCCGGAAAAGACAAACUUUGGGAUGAACAGAAAAAUAGUGAUAGUUUCUACUGUCACGAGCCCCCAAAACGGGACAUUCGAAAAUAUGGAGUUGAAACAAUGUCUGUUUCACCGGAUUCCUCUCUUCUCACGGAAUGUGGGCAUAUUUCAAGGGUUUACUCCCUUCAACAAAACGAUCAUCUCUCUUCUUGUCUUUCCCAGACUUAUGAACAACGCACGAAACGGCCUCGAAACCUAAAACCACAAUCUACCAAUUCAGGAACUAAACGUUCAGAUAAAAUUUCUAAAAGUCAAGACAAUCUUUACGUUGAGCAGACUUAUAGUUCAGAUAGUCACAACUCCGGACUACACCAACCAUCUUGUUCACAAGAAGCAACUAUAUACGAAGAAGAUAUGCCAGUUAUAAUGAGACGACGAGGCUUGAUGAUGAGAGUCAGAAUAGUCAGCGUGGAUUUUGAUACUCAUUCUGAUACAAAUCAUUUGUCUCAACCUCAAUCCAGUCAUCGGAACCAUGUGAGUAUACUGUCAAGGUUAUCUCAGUCCAGUCUUCAGAACUAUGUGAGUAUGUUGUCAAGGUUACCUUAGUCCAGUCUUCAGAACCAUGUGAGUAUGUUGUCAAGGUUACCUUAGUCCAGUCUUCAGAACCAUGUGAGUAUG